GGCUCUAGAGGGCGCUCAAGUCACAUGUUAUUUACCGAUCGCGCAUGCAAUGCAUUACGUGCAUGAAGCCUGUGAUUAGAGAGUUUGGACAGUGCAGAAAUUGAAGAUUUUACAACAAUUAUGAAAUUAAACGUGGAUGGGCUACUGGUGUAUUUCCCAUAUGACUACAUCUACCCUGAACAGUACACGUACAUGCUGGAGCUCAAACGAGCUCUGGAUGCAAAGGGUCACUGCGUCCUUGAGAUGCCCUCAGGCACUGGCAAGACAGUCUCCCUCCUGUCCUUAAUUGUUGCCUACCUGAGGACCAAUCCCUCGGAUCUCACCAAACUCAUCUACUGCUCCAGGACGGUGCCAGAAAUCGAAAAGGUUCUAGAAGAGUUGAAAGGAUUGGUAGAGUACUAUGAGAAGGAGACUGGUGAACCGGCCAACAUUCUUGGUCUGGUGCUGAGCUCCAGGAAGAACAUGUGCAUCCAUCCACAGGUCAGCAAGGAACACACAGGGAAGCUGGUAGAUCAUAAAUGCCACGAGCUGACUGCCUCCUUUGUUCGGGAGAGACAUAACUACGACCCGACUGUGCCAGUCUGCUCAUUCUUUGAGGAUUUUGAUGCCCAAGGACGAGAUAUCCCCAUGGCUGCCGGCGCAUACAGUCUGGAUGACUUAAAAGAAGCUGGUCGUGAGAACGGAUGGUGUCCGUAUUUUAUGGCCCGGCAUGCGAUAUACCACGCCAACAUCAUAGUGUACAGCUACCACUAUCUGCUGGAUCCAAAGAUUGCAGAAAUGGUCUCAAAGGAACUCUCCAAGAAAUCAGUGGUAGUGUUUGACGAAGCUCAUAACAUUGAUAAUGUCUGCAUUGAUUCCCUGAGCGUGCACAUCACACGCCGAACCUUGGACAAAAGCCAGAACAACCUAGAUGCCAUCAAGAGAAACAUUGAAAGACUCAAAGAAACAGAUGCCCAGAGACUUCAGGAGGAGUAUCAGAGGCUGGUAGAGGGACUGAGAGAUGCUAGUCAGGCUAGGGAGAUGGACGCACAGAUGGCCAAUCCAGUGCUACCUGAUGCUGUAUUAGAAGAGGCUGUUCCAGGGAAUAUCCGUCAAGCGGAACAUUUCAUCGCCUUCAUGAGGCGAUUUGUGGAGUAUCUCAAGACCAGGUUACGAGUGCAGCAUGUGGUCGCAGAGAGUCCCCCGGCCUUCCUCAAAGAUGUCUACGGCAAAGUCUGCAUCGAGAGAAAGCCACUCAGGUUUUGUGCUGAAAGGUUACACUCUCUCCUGCGCACGUUAGAGCUGACGGAAAUCCAGGAGAUGGCACCUUUGACCUUGGUAGCCAACUUUGCAACUCUAGUCAGCACGUAUACCAAAGGAUUCAGCCUGAUCAUUGAGCCAUUUGAUGAUAAGACGCCUACCAUUCCGAACCCUGUGCUGCAUUUCAGUUGCAUGGAUGCCUCCAUUGCCAUCAAGCCAGUGUUUGACCGAUUCCAGUCUGUCGUCAUAACAUCAGGGACCCUAUCCCCACUGGAAAUGUAUCCCAAGAUCCUGGACUUCAGACCCGUUACCAUGGCAUCUUUUACGAUGACUCUUGCCAGAAAUUGCAUUUGCCCAAUGAUUGUGACUAAAGGCAAUGAUCAAGUGACCAUUUCCUCCAAAUUUGAGACCAGGGAAGAUAUUGCUGUGAUUCGUAACUAUGGCAACCUGCUGGUGGAAUUAUGCAAGAUAGUACCUGAUGGAAUGGUGUGCUUCUUCACAAGCUAUAUGUACAUGGAGAACAUUGUAGCGAGCUGGUAUGAGCAAGGCAUUAUUGACAGCAUCCAGAAGAACAAGCUGCUGUUUAUAGAAACGCAGGACGGAGCAGAGACCAGUGUGGCUCUUCAGAAUUAUUACAAGGCCUGUGAGAAUGGUCGAGGAGCUGUCCUACUGUCUGUGGCAAGAGGCAAGGUGUCUGAAGGAAUUGAUUUCGAUCACCACUAUGGCCGAGCAGUGGUCAUGUUUGGUAUUCCCUACGUGUACACCCAGUCCCGAAUUCUGAAAGCCCGACUGGAGUAUCUACGAGAUCAGUUUCAGAUCCGCGAGAACGAUUUCCUGACCUUUGAUGCCAUGAAACACGCUGCACAGUGUGUUGGGCGUGCCAUUAGGAGCAAAACAGAUUAUGGCAUCAUGAUUUUUGCAGAUAAGCGGUUUUCCAGAGCUGACAAAAGGGGUAAGCUGCCCAAAUGGAUCCAGGAACAUCUGAAGGACAGCGUGCUGAACCUAUCCACUGACGAAGCUAUCCAGCUGAGCAAGAGAUUCCUGCGACAUAUGGCCCAGCCAUUCAGGAGGGAGGACCAGCUUGGCCUUUCCCUUCUUACCCUAGAACAGCUGGAAUCGGCUGAAAUGCGCAAGAAAGUGGAACAGACAGCACACCAAGCUUGACGGGGUGACCAUAGUCUGGUUACAUUCCUGCAGAGUUGGAUGGGCAAUAGAAGUCAGGGGUUCAGACUCCUGAAGAGGAAGGCCUUUGUUUAAAACUGAUGAUUUUUAAUACGCCCCAAGGGUCCUAGACUAUUGUACACUCGCUACAAUGUAAUAUGCUUUGCAAAGUUGUCUGAUAUAGGGCCUACAGACUCCAGUAUAUGGAGAUCUAAGUUUGAAAACCAAAGGUUUUCCACAAAGGGUUUCAGAUUAUUACACACUUGCUACAGAGAUAGCUCUGCAGCUCGAUCUGAUCAAGGCUUCACCCCAGAGUACAAAGAUUUUGUUUUGACAACUAGACUUUUUUCCCUUUAAGAGCCCGCAACUUUUGGUCUAGUGUGGAGCAAACACCAGACAGUGUCCUUAGCACUAGCAUCCCUUGUAAGUGAAGAGAGAUCAUGGUUGGAACAAAAUUGUACAAGAGAUUUUAUUAAAAGAAAAAACAAACUUUAGGUUUUUUUCAAGAUACAGUACUGUCAUCAAGUGCAAGCUUCUGACUGAAAUUGGUGGGGCCUAUUUUUGUGGACAGUCGAUUUGCUUACAUUUUGUUAUUUCAAAAUACAGGGUGAUUAAAAAAAAUUAAACCCAAAUUUUUGGACCAUUGCUUUAGUGAAGUUCUGCAUGUAUAGCCAUUUCAAAAUAUAG